AUGGAUGCACCCGAGCAGGAGAUGGGGAAUUGGACAGCUGAGCUGGGUUUCACGCUCCUGGGCUUCUCUACUUUCCCAGAACAGCACAAAUUGGUCUUUGUGGCACUCCUGGCUGUGUACCUCACAGCUCUGGUUGGCAAUGGGAUGAUACUGAUCAUUGUUCAGCUAGACUCUGGCCUCCAAACCCCUAUGUACUAUCUCCUCCAGAACUUAUCCUUCCUAGACAUCUGCUACAUCUCUGUCACACUGCCCCAGAUGCUGAAUAACCUCCUGGAAGAGGAGAAGGCCAUUUCCUUCCAGGCCUGCUUUACCCAGCUCUUCUUCCUCAUCACCUUCGUGGGAGUCGAGUACAUCCUUCUAGCCAUCAUGGCCUACGACCGCUACCUGGCUAUUUGCCACCCGCUGCGCUAUGCCGCCCUCAUGAGCAGAAAGACUUGCCUGCAGCUGGCGGUGGCCUCCUGGACCUGUGGCCUUCUCAACUCGGCCCUGCACACGGGCCUCACCUCUGUCCUGCCUUUCUGUGCCUCCCACCACAUCGCCCAUCUGUUCUGCGACGUCCCCCAGCUCCUGAAACUCUCCUGCUCGGACACCUCCCUCAACAAGGUGGUGCUGCUGGCCGUGACAGUGCUGCUUGGCGCCAUUCCCUUCCUCUGCAUCGUGGUGUCCUACGUGGCCAUCGCCAGGGCUGUCCUACAGAUCCGCUUUGCCCAGGCCCAGCGGAAGGCCUUCUCCACCUGCGCCUCCCACCUGGCCGUGGUCACCUUGUUCUACACCACCUGCAUGUUCAAUUAUAACCGGCCCAGCUCUGGACACCCCUUGUAUGUAGACACCCUGGCUUCUGUGCUCUACAAUGUUGUCACACCCAUGCUGAACCCCCUCAUAUACUGCCUGAGGAACAAAGAGGUGAAGGCAGCUCUGAAACAUGUAAUAGGGCAAAAAAAUUCCUCUCUGAAAACAUGA